UACUUAAUAAACCUCCUAAAGUUACGGACUCACACUUCUUCAAUAACUUCUAAAAUACAAAUGAAGAAACAUUUUUCUCAUUCAUUAAAAUACAUAUAUUUUCAAACUAUUUUUCGUCGUCCUUCAAACUUCACCACCCUGAGCUGCUGCCUCAAUAAGCUCUCGCUGGAGUCAGGCCAAAAGGCCAGCACAACCACUGACCCAUCAGCUGAACAUCUGUGUGAACAUACCUGCUAUUGCUUAAUCAUUGCAUUUUAAUGAAGUUUCUAAAUGAAGUCGCAUUCAUUUCUCUAACAUGUACCUCUUCAGUUCUAACAGCCUGGGUUUUUGUUGUUGCUGCUGUUUUUCUCUGUACGGUGUGUUCCUUUGGAGAACAGAAACGUAUAGAUCGAGACGCUCACAGUCUGACUUGGUUCUUUUCUUCCAGUGGAGUCUGACAGGAAUGAGGUCAGACACACGGAUCCUCAUUGCACAUUAUUAUUAUUAUUAGCCGGGUUUUUUUAUUAUUAUUAUUAUUCAGCCAAUGGGCGUCGAGUGGGAGUGGUUUGAGUGAAAAACCAGGAUGGAGACAGGCGCCGAUUGGCUCCUGCGCCUCGAAAGGAGGGUAUAAAACGAUGAGGUCGGCGUUGUUGUGUUUACAGUAAUAUCACAGUGCGCACGGGAAACAGGGAGACUAUGAGAAAGCGCAGCUGCUCCAUUCAACCACAUGGUUCCUCAACCGCACAGACAAGCUGCGCUGUAGACAGCCGGGCUCACAUAGGAGACUCGCAACGGCGUCUGUUGAGCCUCGCAGGGAGAAUUUUCAGCCGCACGGGCAGUUGAGAGCUGAUCCGGGAGGCGCGCCGGCAAAAGUUCAGACACUCGAAGUCUCUUUAAGCAAAACGGAGUGAACUCAAAAGAAAGACAAGACACUUGGAUGAACUUUUAUUUCUUAAGAUUUGCUUCCAACUCAUAGCUGAGGAGGGUUUUUUCCCCCCCCUCCAUCUCUUCUUCGCGCAUAAACUUUGUCACUGACUGAGCGCUUCCAGACUGUUUGGAGGAGGAGAUGGUGCAGCACAUGAGCCACACAGAGAGCACCCACGCUCACUCCCCCGGCGGGGACUCCACGGACACGGGAGACAUGGACCUGGAGAUGGACGCUUCUCCAGCCCCGGAGGGCUCCCCUUCCUCCCGGGAGCGCAGCGACCUGGCGUGGUGCAAAACUCCGACCGGCCACAUCAAGAGACCCAUGAACGCGUUCAUGGUGUGGUCCCAGAUCGAGAGGAGGAAGAUCAUGGAGCAGUCUCCGGACAUGCACAACGCCGAGAUCUCCAAGCGGCUUGGGAAGCGCUGGAAGCUGCUGAAGGACACGGACAAGAUCCCGUUCAUCCGCGAGGCGGAGAGGCUGCGGCUCAAGCACAUGGCCGACUACCCGGACUACAAGUACCGACCCAGGAAGAAGGUCAAGUCCGGGAGCGCGGCGGGCAAGCAGGCUGAGCGCGGGGAGAAGAGCGGGGAGCGCGGCGCCAAAGCCGGCGGUAAGAGGAGCCCCGCGUCCAAAUCCGCGAGCAGGACGCUGAAACAGGGGAGCAGUAAGAGCGCUGCGGUGCAAGAGUACGCCUCCGCGGUGUUUAAAUCCAGGUCGGCGUCGGGGGCCAGGCAGAUCCCGGAGAAGCGCUCAGGUUCGGGAGAGGCGAGGCGCGCCCACGUGUUCGGCGGGACGGGCAGCCUGGAGAGCGGGCCUCCCUCCGUGGGAGUCCCGGCCAGUCCCACCCUGAGCAGCUCGGCGGAAUCCAGCGACCCGCUGAGCCUGUAUGAGGAGCACAGCCCCGGCUCCACAGCGCGCCUCAGGUACGCACGCGCCUCCUCCCCGACGCCGUCCGCCUCGCACUCGUCCUCCUCCGUGUCCUCCGCGUCGUCGGACGAGGAGUUCGAAGACGAGCGGCUCGACCUGAACCCAAGCCCCGGCUUCGAGAGCACCUCUCUGGGCGGGAUGGGCUUCUCCGACGCGGAGCUGGACCGGGACUUAGACUGGGGCUUCGGGGAGUGCGGGGCGGGAUCCCACUUCGACUUCUCCGACUACUGCACUCCGGAGGUCACCGAGAUGAUCUCAGGAGAGUGGCUGGAGUCCACCAUCUCCAACCUGGUGUUCACCUACUGAAUCAGCCCCUUCUUCCCUCCCACGUAUGAACUCUUCUAUCCCUGUACAAGACAAGCCUGUGCGUCUAGAUAAGAAGAUUUCCGCCAUUUUUU